AGAACGUAUACCCGUCGAGUAGCGCGUCAUUCACUCAUUCUCGUGCAGCAGUGCACAUUGACCGGAUCUCGUCGUUGACGUCGUGGUCGUCGUCGUUCUCGUCGUUCGCCGCAUAGCGCAUUUCCGGGAGGAAAAGAAAUAACUGUAUAACUCACCAAACGAUAUAAUUUACAUAAAUUAUUUACAUAUACAAAAUAAAAUACCAUCGUCGAUCGAAAUUUUGAAGUUUUCCUCCCAGUCUUAACGUUAUCACCCGCGAAGAUUACCCACACACACGCGAGCGCGAAUCGUAUACGCGUACUUGGACCGACAUAGCACGCUCAGCGAAUAUCCUUGUACGACGAACCCCGGCCAGAGAAGGGCAAGUAUAUCUGCACGCACGCGAGUGUCCGGUGACCUGAGUGCACGCCCGUUGCAUCAGGACAACAGCGUCCGCGGCCCAGGAGACAUACAAUAUUUUACAUCUAUACUGACGACGACAACCGGUGAAAAGCGAUACGCGAAUCAUGUCGUCAUCGAAUAAUGCAUGGGUGACAUUAGCUACAAACGAUUCCUAUUCCUUGGGAGCGUUGGUCCUAGCGCAUUCAUUGAAAACCGUAAAGACAGCUCACAAAUUAGCUAUAUUAAUCACCCCCGGCGUAACGGCGCCCAUGAAACAACAAAUCGAAACCGUAUUCGAUGAAGUCAAAGUAGUGGACGUAUUGGAUUCUAGAGAUCAAACACACUUGGCCCUGAUGUGUCGUCCCGAACUAGGAGUGACUUUCACCAAACUACAUUGCUGGACGUUUACCAAUUACGAUAAAUGCGUGUUCCUCGACGCAGACACAUUGGUGUUGCAAAACUGUGAUGAACUAUUUGAACGUGAAGAAUUAUCGGCUGCUCCGGAUCCAGGGUGGCCAGAUUGUUUCAACUCUGGUGUUUUUGUGUAUAAACCUUCUCAGGACACGUUUGGUCAGUUGUUAGAAUUUGCGAGGACCAAAGGAUCAUUCGAUGGCGGAGACCAAGGGCUGUUAAAUAUGUUUUUCAAAGAAUGGUCUAACACAGAUAUUUCAAAACAUUUAUCUUUUACCUACAAUGUAGUUUGGUCAUCUACGUAUUCAUAUUUACCAGCACUAAAACAGUUUGGCCAAAAUAUGAAAAUCGUUCACUUUAUAGCUUCCAGUAAACCCUGGCUGCAGUCGUUUAAUACUGAAACUAGACUUGUAACAUCAAAACACGGAGGGUCGGGCUUACAAGAAUUAUUACAACUUUGGUGGGAUUUAUUCUGUCAUCAUGUACAUCCUGGACUUUCCACCGAAAUGAUAGAAAGUCGCCUCAGUAGCCGUUAUUCCUAUGAUUUUCAUCCUAAAUCCCAUAAUAACAAUAAUACGUUUGAUAAUUAUACUCCUUAUUAUGAAAAUAAUUACAUUCCUUAUAAUAAUUAUAUUUCUGAUAACAAUACUUCAAAUAAUUAUUAUAUUCCUUCUUAUGAUCCUCCAAAAGAGGAUCAUUAUGAUUUUAUUGACCCUUGGGAUGAGUAUUUGGUUGAAAAAAUUGAGGAAACAAAUAAUGAAAUUGAAAAAAAAAAUGUUGAUGGUGAUAGAAAUUUGGUGGAAGUAUAUUCGAAUAAUCAUUGUGAACAGGAAGUGGAAAAUAAUUACUGUAUAAAUAACGUUUAUACGGAAGAGCAAACAAGAGACUGUAGUUUUCAGAAUAAUCUAGUGGAACUAGUGGAAGGACAUAAUACAUUUGGACAUGAUGAGCAGAAUAGUGAACAUUUUGAAGAAGUAAGAGAAUUCAAUGAGCAAAAGCAAGUGCAAAUGCCAGAGCCAGAGCGGUCAAUAAGUAAUAUACAAAUUCCUGCAUGUUCUGAUGAUAUUCCCAAUAACCCUAUCUCCAGUUUAAGUGUAAAUAACUGUCGUCCUGAUUCUCCGACACAUUGCGAGGUACCUAAGGACCAGACUUAUCACGAAGAUGGUGGUUUGGCUGGACAAUUUGCAAGGGUAUCAUUGGGUGAAAAAACCACUGAACAAAAAGCUUUAGAAGAUUUUCUUCGACGUCAAUCUUGGGAACAAGGAAACAUGGAUUAUUUAGGCAGAGACAGCUUUUCUAAUAUAUGGUCUAAAAUUUCUGAAACUCUUGGAAAUACUCCAGAAGUAAGUAUUGAGACUGUUGCAGUAAAAACACCUACAGCGCCAGAAGUUGUACAUACUGAAGAACCAAAGCCAUUGAAAUCUGCUUUGAAAAAAACAUCAACUACUAUUCCACCAGUGAGUUCUGAAAUUGAAAUUGAUAGUAGUGAUCUGGCUGUUAAACAACUGGAAAAGCUUGACCUAUCCAAGAAUAUUUUGAAAGAAUUGAAGACACCCGAUACUCCUACUGUUACUGCACCAACACCUCCGACUACACCUGCUACCCAAACUCAAGAAACAAUAAAACCAGUAGCUGUAGAAUCUGUAGAAGAAACAAUAAAACCAUUACCUGUAGAAUCUGUAGAAGAAACAAUAAAAUCCGAUGUGCCUAUUAAAGAAUCCCAACAGUCAGAGGAGUUAAAAUCGACUAAGCCAGAAUCCGCGGAACUUGUAAAAGAACUACCAGCACCUGACACUUGCACCUUAAAAUCAGUGGAACAAGAAUUGCUGAAACAGGAACAAGUGAAUCCUGUAAAGGAAACACCGUCUUCUGAAACUGGUACAGAGUCAAAAGAAUCCUCAAAACUUGAAGAAAGUUCGCUUAAAUCCAUUACACCUGUACCCAAAGUGGACGAUCCAGUUAAAUCCUUAUCUCAACCUGCCGAAACAGCUCAAGCAACCCAAACCUCUGUUGAUGAUUCCACACCAUCAGUCUCAAACGAUCCACCAGUAGCCCCAAAACGUACUAAUAAAGGAUCACAAAGUGCUUCUAAAAACGCUAAAUCUCCUGAGAAAAAAUAAAACUAUUAUGAAGCAAUAUUAUAAUCAAUCCAUAUAUUAUUAUGUACACGUUUUGUUUUGUUCCUCAGAAUAAUAUAGUUUUAUUGAUUUUUUUUUUU